AGGGUCCAUGCGCUUGCGCAGUGCGGGGGUGGAAGGUGGUGGAGCUACCUAGCACGCUUGCGCGGCUGUCAUAGGGCUGCUUGGUUGGUCAGUGGGGAGUCGGCGCCUGCGUACUAAGACCCGUGUGCAGCAGCGGCGGCGGCGCUAGAGGCGGCGGCGGCGGCGGCGGCAGCACAGUAGCGGGUUCGGAGGCAGCAGUUGGGCUCGCGGCGAGCGGACCAGGUCAAGUCAGUGCGUUCGCGCGAGGGCCCGUUGCAGGCAUAUGUUAGUGUUCCCCAGCCUCAUGGGCCUCUGGAGCUCAUCCCUCAGUCUUCAUAUGAAGUGAGACGUCCAGCCAGAUUUUCAAAGCAGGAAAUGCAACUUUAUUUAGUUGGAAUCGAAGCCUCUUAAAAUGGCAGAUGAUUUGGACUUCGAGACAGGAGAUGCAGGGGCCUCAGCCACCUUCCCAAUGCAGUGCUCAGCAUUACGUAAGAAUGGUUUUGUGGUGCUCAAAGGCCGGCCAUGUAAGAUCGUCGAGAUGUCUACUUCGAAGACUGGCAAGCAUGGCCAUGCCAAGGUCCAUCUGGUUGGCAUUGACAUUUUUACUGGGAAGAAAUAUGAAGAUAUCUGCCCGUCAACUCAUAAUAUGGAUGUCCCCAACAUCAAACGGAAUGACUUCCAGCUGAUUGGCAUCCAGGAUGGGUACCUAUCCCUGCUCCAGGACAGUGGGGAGGUACGAGAGGACCUUCGUCUGCCUGAAGGAGACCUUGGCAAGGAGAUUGAGCAGAAGUAUGACUGUGGAGAAGAGAUCCUGAUCACAGUGCUGUCUGCCAUGACAGAGGAGGCAGCUGUUGCAAUCAAGGCCAUGGCAAAAUAACCGGCUUCCAGGGUGGCGGUGGUGGCAGCAGUGAUCCAUGAGCCUACAGAGGCCCCUCCCCCAGCCAGGUUCUGCUCUGGCUGGGCCCUUGGCUGGACUCCUAUUCAAAUUUAUUUGACGUUUUAUUUUGGUUUUCCUCACCCCCUCAAACUGUCGGGGAGACCCUGCCCUUCACCUAGCUCCCUUGGCCAGGAAUGAGGGAGCCAUGGCCUUGGUGAAACUCCCUGCCUCUUCUCUCGCAGCCCUGAUGGGGGAAAGGGAGUUGGGUACUGCUUGUGGUUUAGGUUCCCCUCUCCUUUUUUUCUUUUUAAUUCAAUUUGGAAUCAGAAAGCUGGAUUCUGGUAAAUGGUCUUGUGCCCUUUAUCCUACUCAUCCCCGAUCUGGUCCCCUGUUCUCCAUAGUCCUUCACCCCCAAGCACCACUGUACAGACUGGGGACCAGCCCCUUCCCUGCCUGUGUCUCUUCCCAAACCCCUGUAGGGGUGGUGAGAAGAGGAGGGGGGGAGGGGACACGAUCCCUCCUCAGGCAUCUGGGAAGGCCUUGCCCCCACGGGCUUUACCCUUUCCUGUGGGCUCUCUCCCUGACACAUUUGUUAAAAAUCAAACCUGAAUAAAACUACAAGUUUAAUAUGAA